CCACAGUUCACGCAGCUUGGGAAGACCACGCUGUGUAGGGCUGUGGAGCUUUGUGUCCUUUGCUUGGAUCAGCCGUCGACUGCACACAGGUACCCACUAAACUUGAAGUCCGAUCCGACCGGCCUCAGUUGGCAUCCGACUGAACCAUCUCUACUGAUCGUCGUGCGUUUCAAUCGAUGUGAGCUCCUCCAUUGGGAUCAUUCAUCUUUGUGCUUGAGUAGCAUUCAAUUCCUUGGGGGUUACGUCCGACCAAUAACUUCAUUUGACUGGAGUCCAAUCCAUCCGAACUUAUUGUCGACUUCAUCAGCCGACCAAUUUCGAGCGAUAUGUAUCUGGGAUGUGCGUGACCUAUGCAGACCUGUGAGGUCGAUUGAAUCCCUUUCGGACCCGACCAUUAUCAGAUGGAAUCGCCUGUCAAGCCAUUGUUUUGCGACCCUACACCGAUCGGGCAUCCGACUCUGGGAUCUCAGGAAAAACAUUCCGGAACCUUAUCUAACAGAUCAAACAGCGGAUUCCAACGGGCGCGGCUCUCUACCACCUUCAGUCUCUGAUUUCAACUGGUCUCCGUCAUCAGCUCAUGAACUCUGUUCAAUUAAUCAGCGUGGCGUGCUGUGCGUGUGGGACAUUCGGCAGCCAAACAGUCCAAGAGACAGGCUCCGAUCGGUCUAUUCGCACAAUACGAAGGUCUACUACUCGCCAUCUGGCAGCCAUAUUCUAACGCUGUCCGAGCCAACGCUCUGGAAGGAUGUCGGCUUCAAUGUGUGGAACGCACACAAUCUACAUCAACCAGCUCCACCUCUCUGGAAAGCUGAUCCACUAUCAGGGGCAGUGUUCCGACCGCUACAGACCGAACCCGCAGUGAAAACCAUGACCUGGAGGAUUCCAACGAGCUUGAACUCUGUUUACUCUCGCAAGUUAGAUGAAGAGGACGAAAAUGUAUUUUUUCGAGGCGACGACCUUGAUGGUUCUCAUGAUCCUCGUGCACAAAUUGGCUUAUCCCCGGAACUCGUUACUUGGUCUGAGGAUCAGACGAUUCGCCGUUACCCGGUACAGGUUUGUUCCGCCCCAGUGGAUUCAAGCUUGGCGACUGUAGCUUACUCGAAACAGUCCUCGGCCUCGCACGUGGCUACCCAUGCUCCACCUUCAGAACGGUCCGCAACUGAUCAGCGCUGUUCAUUCGCCAAACGACCCUUAGGAUCCGGUCGGAUGAAGCAUACAGACGUUCAAUCGAAGUUGGAUGAGACCAACUCGCGAUUUCUCACGGCAAAACUACACACCUCUACACCAGAACCUAAUGGAUCACAGGAAGAAAACGCAUAUCGAAUUUUGGCUCAAGAACUGUCGUUACUUACUCCUAGAGUUGGACAGUACAAGGUAGAGGAGAUAGACAUGAUCAAUCGGAACGCUAAGCUCAAGCUAUUUUUCUGCCGCAAAUUGCAUUACCAUCAUUAUACGGUGUGUUCUGUGGGUCCUGAUAUGCGUGGUCGUCGACCCAGUGCUGACCUGGAAGAGAUACGCGACUUGGAUAGUCUGCUCCUACCACCUGGCGAUAUCUUACCAAGUAUGAACAAUCCAACCCGAUCGGAACAACAGUGGAAAUCCCCAGAGCAAUGUAAAUCUGCCACUGACCUACGCGAUAUGACCAGAACGGAUGGACAAAGACAGCAAACACAACACUCAUCCCACAUGCCGCAAAUCCCACAGCCUCAGCAACAGUCCACAACUGCGUCUUUGGCACCACCCAGCGUCCGAGAAUCAAAGGAGUUAUCGAAUUUGGGUUCAAGUGAUUCCGGUAUUCCUGCCGCUGGCGCGGUGACCAUAAGUGUCAGUUUCCCUUUAGACUAUCCUCGCAGCACGCCGCAGUUUACCAUUCUGCACCAUUAUCCUGCCCUACCGACUGAACUAGUCUCACGUCUUCACGAGGUGCUUCGAACUACUGCAUCUGAGCUUGUCCACUCGUGUCGCGGAUGUAUGGAGCCCUGUAUGCGCAAGGCUGUCGAUCUGUUACAGAAUAUCCCUUCCAAUCGUCUUUUGAUUUCGUACCCUAUGGCUUCUGAUGUAAGCCGUGAUGCAAGUCAACCACCCUAUUCAAACGACAUCCAGAGAGUGAGCUGUGGUUCUCCACCUGUCCAAUCACUGAAGUCGCUCAUAUCCGACCCCGAAGAUCGACAUCUGUCGCAAACUCCAUUCCCCCGCACAUCCGGUGUUCACUUUUCCACACGAGGACUUCUAGUUGCCUUCGGUCUCCCACUGUCAUUGUCUUCUCUUCGCGCUCAACUCCGUAUCACUGCAUCGGUGUCCACAACAGACACCAAUGAUUGGACACCAAGAUCAUUCAAGGAUUAUAAAUCCUUGAUGAUCAUGUCUGUAGAUACGCCGAAAGUGAGCAUAGCUACCAGUUCAACUAUUUCCGGAAUUACUACUGCCAAGCCAAUGGAAGAAUCAAGUGGGCGAACAGACUACGUGCUAACUGAAAAUGAUAUAUUUACCGACGUUGAGUGGGCUCAGAACUCGUUCAGCUUGCCAUCUACCGAAUCACAGACUGUUGUUGGUCAGCACGCAAGCUCCCGGAUUCGACCUCCAAUGGGCAGUUUCCCGGUCAAACAGGACUCUGACACCCUCAGUGUUCCAAUGGCCACAGGCACACAGGUAGAUGAUGCUCCGUCGGCAGCGGGACAACGCAACCUUGGAACAACCGUAACUCGUCAAUCGCAACAAUCGGUAACCCAACUGUAUGAUUUCAGCGGUUGGGUGGUAAACAAAAAGCUGAUUCGCAACUACAGUUUAUCCACAGAAAAUGUGCAACUUAUGUGUGCCCACAACUACGUAGUGGCUCUGAACACUGGACGUAAAGAUAUUCAGCACUUUUGGCAGUACGCCGUUGUACUGACGGCUUCAAUGACCAAAUCUUCAUUCGGCACUCUCCCUCCGUUGUCUGUCCAGCCAGUGGGGAAACUUUUAUUCAACGAAUGGUUAUCUCAUUUUCUGCGCCUUUGCGACGUACAACACCUGGCGAUGGCGAUUCUUGUGUUGUUGGGCCUCGAAAAUCUAUAUGGUUGGGGUGCGCCUUUCUGUAAGCUCAGCCCACAACGGCCUGUACCUGUCUCUCUCCGUGGUCACAAUUGUCCAGCUGACGCUUCUUCGGAUCAGUUGGCACGCUCAGGCGGGGAUUCGAAACACAACGAACGUGCUAACCAACGCCCAUUUUCAAAUAAAAAAGACCAAGACGCCUCCUAUUCGUGCAGCGAUUCAUCGGAUCCUGUAUUUAGUCCAGUCGCCCCCGAAGUAUCAUUCAACCUAGGCAAUUCAGAAGACUGUACUCCUAUUCCCGAAGCGCCUAUCAAUCGCGUGGCCUCCGGUACAAGUUUACUGCGUACGCAACACAAUCUCCUUGUGGACGCUUACGAACAGCAUUGGGGAUUUGUGGCUUCAGAGGAGUUUCCCUGCUUUGCACACUAUAUUUCCGUAUACGCAGACAUACUUUAUUCAAUGGGAUCGUUUCUCCGGCAUGCGCGACUUCUCCGUGCGUGGACCGACGGACUAAGAACUAGGUGGUCAGGUAUCAUUUCCCCACCAGGGCACAAAGAGUGUCUGCCGUCUGGGAAGCAGAGCGGAUGGCCCCCAAAUCCAACGCAGUCCAUGCUGCUUCCCUCUUGUCCAGUUUGCGGCUCCGCAACAUCAUAUUCCGAAGUCGAUGGGAUGCAACCACCUAUUCGCUGUCAUAUCUGUUCUUGGUCUCUAGAUGGCAGUUCAUCCUCCAGACUCACUUUGAAUAAGAGCACUAUUCUGCGCUGCUCAGUGUGUCGUAUACAGGCGAAAGGACUUGUUUUCAUCUGUCCAAAAUGCCACCAUGGAGGACACAUGGACCACUUGUUCCAGUGGUUUAGUACGAGAUCAAACGAUGGCUGUUCGCGCCAAUGUCCUUCAAUUAACUGUGCUUGUUCCUGCGCCUUUUACUUUUUUCAAGGAAACAGAGAAACAAAUUUUGCAACUUAUCUGAGGUCUUCUUUGGAAUCGGUAAAGAAAUCAUUCAAA